CAUGAGCCAAGUUGCAGAGCUGCUACACACCUAAAGCUAAAGCACAAUAUUUUACAAGUGCCAGAUAGUUGAAGAUAACUACUCAUUAGCUUGAAAUUUGCAAGCAAGAGGCGAAAUGGGUGGCGGACUUUCGGUUCUGCGGGGCGAGGAGACCCCCGACUACUCUAUGGAGAUUCAGUUGAAGGUGGAACUGCAAGUGGAGGACAUUAUCGCCACGGCGCAGGCCGCUGGCCGUGCUAUUCUGCAGAUCUAUAACAGCGAGGCGUCGACAUGGGAGGUCCAAAUGAAGAGCGAUGCAUCGCCUCUCACUCGGGCGGACCGGGAGGCGAAUGCCAUCAUUUGCCAGGCGCUGCAGAACAUCUCCCCGCACAUUCCGAUCAUUUCGGAGGAGAACAAGCUGACGCCGCACGCUGUGCGCCAGAAGUUCCAGUACUACUGGCUGGUGGAUCCGCUGGACGGCACCAAGGAGUUCCUCAAGCGCAACGGCCAGUUCACGGUCAACAUCGCGCUCAUGUGCGGCACCGCGCCCGUCAUGGGCGUGGUGGACGUGCCCUGCCAGGGCAAGACCUACUGGGCCGUCAAGGGGAAAGGCGCGUGGCUGCGCUCCGCGGAGGGCCAGCGCCGCAUCCAGGCCGCCGACUUUGCGUUCGAGGACAAGGGGCUCAAGAUCGUGGCCAGCAGCAGCCACCUCAACAAGGAGACCGAGGAGUUCAUUGCGCUGUUCCAGUCUCCCGAGCUGGUGCAGGUGGGCUCCAGCCUCAAGCUGCUCAUGGUGGCGGAGGGCGCCGCGCACAUCUACCCCAGGCUGGCGCCCACGUGCGAGUGGGACAUCGCCGCCGCCGACAUCAUCGUGCGCGAGGCGGGCGGCGCGGUGCUGCAGGCGGGCACGCAGGACAACAAGGGCAACCCGCUGCAGGACUGGAAGGAGGAGCUGGUGAAGGAGGCGGCGGUGGUGUACAACAAGGAGGACGUGCUCAACCCCUACUUCGUGGUGUUCGGGAAACGCAAGGCGCCCAUCUCCACCGGCUCCAGCUAAACGUAUACACACGUACACAUGGGCUGAAAUAGUGCUGAAGCCUGAAGGCGUAGGCGCUAAUAGCGGCAGGAGCUAGCAGGGUGUGCUGAGUUGGCAGUGAAAGGAAGACGGGUCAUGCAUGUAUGGUGGCAUAAAAAUGUGUUGGUACCAAUGCAAGAAUCUUUCACGCUCCACUCUGGGGCGCAGCAGCCCGCACACCUCUCAUCAAUCGGACAUACUGAAGCGCACUAAAAUGAUGGUGUGCAGUGUAUGUGGUCAUGAGAUAUGCUUUAUGUGCGUCAGUGCGUGGCGUACAGCGGGCGCCGUUGCCGCCUGUUUAUUGCGGCCUCAUUGGUGUUGGCGGGCGCAUGUCGUGGUCUGCUGCACUGUGCGCGUGCGGAAGCGUGUCAAUGAGCUGACUUGGGGCAGAGUGAAGGGCAGUGCAGGAAGGUGGAGCAGAGCAAUCUACUGCUGCGGCUGCUGGGGCGGCGCCGCUGCCGCGGCUGCUGGGGCGGCGCCGCUGCUGGGGCGGCGCCGCUGCUGCGGCUGCUGGGGCGGCGCCGCUGCCUGCAGGGUGCCGGCGAAGGCGCCGGGCAGCGCUGCGCCCAUGAAGUACCGGGCCUCGUCCGCGGGCGCUUGCCUGGGGUGGGCGAGUCGUGGGAUGGAAGCGCGGUCAAGGCGGACGUCGAGCGGCAAACUUCGCGGUGUGGGUGCAAUUUGCGGUGUGGGUCAUGCACAUGCCAUAGCACGGGUCCUCUUGGACGGCGGCUUCUUCACUGGCUUGUAACAGCUGAACAGA